CUCAGCUCAUACGCAUGCGCAGUGUACGCAACAACCCAGUAUCACGUCACUAUUUUAUCUGGGCGCGAGCAGUUUUAGCGCUUACAGAGGCGGCUUGGAAGCUGUGGGGUGAGGUUGAUAUUCAAAACUAUCUCGGCUAUUUACCGCAGCGAGGACACUUAGCAGUGCAAAGGGAACAUUUGACUUCAUCAAAUAUGGUGCACAUCGUCCGCUUUCUUCCUAGAAAGGAUAAUAUGCAAGAACAUCACAAUCAAAAUACGUGUCUAUAGCCUUGGUGUAUUUUUGGACUCCUUUUUCAUUGGCUACGAGUCUGACUCUUUCUACCAGGACCAUUUUAAGGCUUAUCAUUACUGGACUCAUCACUAUCUACCUAUAUUGAAACAUCGGGAAUUGUCUUUUUCACAAUUUGUUUAAAAGCUGGAUCCAGAGUGCCGAAAGCCUGUCGAAGUGCCUUCAGUUUUUGAAGUUUAUUUAGAUUUUUUUUGGAGUACAGCAGUGUUACCAGGCUUCUUUGCCCAUAAGGAAGAAAAAUGAUUCCUAACGGAUACUUAGUUUUUGAAGAUGAGAAUUUCAUUGAGUCAUCCGUGGCCAAACUCAAUGCCCUGCGAAAAAGUGGGCAGUUCUGUGACGUUAAACUGCAGGUGUGUGGACAUGAAAUGCUGGCUCAUAGAGCUGUUCUUGCUUGCUGCAGUCCUUACCUGUUUGAAAUUUUCAACAAUGAUAGUGAUCCCCAUGGGUUUUCUCAUGUGAAGUUUGAUGACUUAAACCCAGCUGCAGUUGAAAUCCUGAUGAAUUAUGCCUACACUGCACAGCUUAAAGCAGAUAAAGAACUGGUAACAGAUGUGUAUUCAGCAGCCAAAAAAUUGAAGAUGGAUCGAGUGAGACAGGUUUGUGGUGAUUAUAUACUGUCCAGGAUGGAUGUCCAAAAUUGCAUUUCUUAUCGAAACUUUGCCAGCCAAAUGGGAGAUACUCGGCUGUUGGGCCAGAUUGACAGUUGCAUUCAGGAAAACUUGUUGGAGAUUUCAGAGCAAGAUGAAUUUCUAAAACUUCCACGACUAAAGUUGGAGGUGAUAUUGGACAAAAAUGUCUCCUUGCCAAGCAAUGGUAAAGUUUACACAAAGGUAAUCAACUGGGUGCAGCGUAGUGUCUGGGAGAACGGAAAAAACCUGGAAGAACUGAUGGAAGAGGUUCAAACCUUGUACUACUCUGCUGAUCACAAACUGCUUGAUGGGAGCGUACUAGAUGGACAGGCUGAAGUGUUUGGCAUUGAUGAUGACCACAUUCAGUUUGUACAGAAGACAUCUCCGCGGGAGAACAGCCACCGACAGAUGCAUAGCAUCUCUCCUGGAAUUCAGAGUACUCAAGUGCAAACAAACAAAGAUGAGUGGAAAAUCAUUGCAUCGGAGAAAACAUCAUGCACUACGUAUCUUUGUUUGGCUGUCUUAAAUGGUGUACUAUGUGUCAUUUUCAUUCAUGGCCGCAAUAGUCCCCACAGUUCACCCAUCAGCACUCCAUGUCUAAUCAAGAGUAUCAGUUUUGAAGUUGAAAUUGAAGAUGAAGAUGGCAAGCUCUUGCCCCCCAUGCAGUAUGCCCGCUCUGGUCUAGGAACAGCUGAGCUGAAUGGCAAACUCAUUGUUGCUGGUGAGUCCAAAUUCAAAGUGUUCCAACAAGUUUCCAUAGAAAUAAGUGGAAGGGCAUUUUUGUCUUUGUUUUUAUCCCCUAGAGUUUUUUCCAGUUUUCAGUUCCUGUUACUCAGUCAUUCUUUGUAUAUAAGCAUAAACAGUAAUUUCCAGCACAGAGAGAAGGUUGUGGGUGCUGGAGGCCAAGUGUCUUAGUUCUAGGAAGUUGCUGUGGGAGCUACUCAGCGAAGUGACCUAGAUCUAGUUGCUCCAUUAAUGAUCUUCCACCAACUAAGGUAAGAACUGUGGAUAAGAGAAAUGUUUUUAUUUUGUUUGAACUGUUAGCAGCCACUGAAGAAAAUCUGUGCCCAUAAGUGGCUACACCAAGACAAUUUAGGCUUGGGCUCAUAAAUAAAUCCUACUCAACACUUGAGUAGAUGUCCAAAAAAAACCCCAACUCCGCUAAUGGAUUUACCAUCCCUGAAUCCACAUCAACAUCCUGGGGAUCGCCAUUGACCAGAAGCUGAACUGGAUCAGUUGUAUAAGUACUGUGGGUACAAGAACAAGUCCGAGACUGGGAACUGCGCAGCGAAUAACUUGCCUGCUAGCUGCCACCUACAGGGCAGAAGUCACAACUUUUAUAUGCAGGAGGUGGUAUGUGUAUAGAAGGAGUUGCCAGAGGAGGUAGUGGAGGCUGGUACAAUUACAGCAU